UGCGCCCGGGCAGCGGGGAAGGGCAGCGCAGAGCUACUGAGGACGGCCGGGACUAGCCGCGCCGGGCUGGGCGGCGGCGCCCGAGCUGCUACCGCCGCCGCCCCGCCCAGAGGCAGCACCCCAAGACCCCAGACCCGAAGCCCCGGCGCGUCUCUGAGCCAUGCCGCCCCCGGCGCUGUUCUGUGCACUCUGCUGCGGCCUCCUGGCUGUGUCCGCGCGCGCGGGUUACUCUGAGGACCGCUGCAGCUGGAGGGGCAGCGGCCUGACGCAGGAGCCCGGCAGCGUGGGACAGCUGACCUUGGCCUGUGUGGAGGGCGCCAUCGAGUGGCUAUACCCGGCUGGGGCGCUUCGCCUGACUCUGGGCGCUCCUGACUUUGGCACGAGGCCGGGCAUCACCUGUUUGCGCCCAGCGCGGCCCUUCGCGGGCGCCCAGGUCUUCGCUGAACGGGAGGGCGGCUCCCUGGAGUUGCUGCUGACCGAGGGUCCAGGCCUGGCAGGGGGCCGCUGCGUGCACUGGGGUCCCCGCGAGCGCCGGGCCCUCUUCCUGCAGGCUACACCGCACCGCGACAUCAGCCGUCGGGUGGCCGCCUUCCGCUUUGAGCUGCGUGAAGACCGAAGCCCAGAACUGCCUCCACAAGUCCACGGCCUUGGUGAGGAUGGGCUGCUGCUCUUUGGGUCCCAGAAGGCCACUCUGGGAAGUCACAGAAGGUUCCCGAAUGCUGGUGCCUGCAGGCCCUGCAGUGAUGAGGAGCUCCUCCUGGCUGCAUGUACCAGUGACUUUGUGAUCCGCGGGACCAUCCACAGGGUCACACAUGACAUGGAGCUGCAGGAGUCUGUCAUCACUGUGGUGGCCACUCAUAUCCUCCGCCAGACACUGCCACUGUUGGGGAUGGGGGGGCCUGCAGGCCAGGGGCAGGCCUUCAUUCGAACCCAGCUGCGCUGUGGUGUCCGCCCUGGCCCAGGCACCUUCCUCUUCAUGGGCUGGAGCCGAUUUGGUGAAGCCUGGCUGGGCUGUGCCCCGCGCGUCCAAGAAUUCACCCGAGCCUACACAUCUGCCCAGGCUGCUCACCUCCAUCCCUGUGAGGUACCCUAUGUAGGCGCCAGUGCACGGCAGGUUGAGCAUGUGUUGUCGUUGCUGCGUGGUCGCCCGGGAAAAAUGGUGGAUCUGGGCUCUGGAGACGGCAGAAUUGUGUUGGCGGCCCACAGGUGCGGUCUCCGCCCGGCUGUGGGCUACGAACUGAACCCAUGGCUUGUGGGGCUUGCGAGGUUGCAUGCCUGGAGGGCAGGUUGUGCUGGCAGCGUCUGCUACCUUCGUGAGGAUCUCUGGAAGGUGAGCCUGAGGGACUGCCGAAACGUGUCCGUGUUCCUGGCCCCCAGCGUGCUCCCCUUGCUGGAAGAGAAACUGCUGGCGGAGCUGCCUGCUGGGGCUCGUGUGGUAUCUGGACGCUUCCCCCUACCCACCUGGCAGCCUGUGGCUGUGAUAGGUGAAGGCCUAGAUCGGGUCUGGGCCUACGAUGUUGACAUGGACGUCCACCAUGCCAGACCUGCUGCCACAUCCUGCCCCAUCCUGCCCACCCCAGGACCUGGUUCUGCCUUGGUCCGCAGCUUCCCCAAUUCUCAGGCUGGCUGACUGGACACAAUAAAGGCUCAUAGAUCACAG